AAACGAGGGAGGGAGGACUGGGCGGCCCCGGCGGCGGCGGCGCGGGGCUCGCUCCUCCCCCGUGCCCUCAGCCAUUUUAGCAGCCGGUACCGCUGCCGGUAGCGCUCUGAUCUCCGCCGGCAGCGCCGGGGCUGGGCACGAUUUUUUUUGUGAGUUUAUCAACCUGCUUACCCAGAUACAUUUGAUUUGCAGCUCUGUUCAAGGUCUAAUCAAGACUGAAAAAACCUCAGUCAUCACUGAGAUCCCUUGUGUCCACUGUUGGCUCUCAAAGGUUACUAAAAUUUUGCAGCUGCUCUGAAUCAGCUCUACCUAAGCUUCACCUACUGUUGCUUCUCCCUACACCACUCUGCACUGCUGCCUUGCUCUUGUCUGCUUCAGAACUCCCUAAGAGAGUUUCUAUUUUAAAUACCCACAAUGAAAUUUAGGCUAGAAAUGUGUGCCAUUCUCUUGCUGCCUGUGUACUUGUUAAUCUGGUUGUACAGUGUGCUGCUAUUUAUUCCCUGGUAUUUUCUUACCAAUGCCAAGAAGAAAAAGGCUAUGGCAAAGCGGUUAAAAGCUAAACCCAUCUCGGACAAGCCGGGGAGCCCCUACCGCUCUGUCACUCACCUGGACUCACUAGCAAACAUAAACAUCCCUGGAGCAGACACGCUGGACAAGCUCUUUGACCAUGCUUUAGCAAAGUUUGGGAAGAAGGACUGUCUUGGAACCAGGGAAAUUCUGAGUGAAGAAAAUGAAAUGCAACCAAAUGGAAAAGUAUUCAAAAAGUUAAUUCUAGGAACUUACAGAUGGUUAUCCUAUGAAGAAGUAAAUGAGAAAAUCACUCGCCUGGGGAACGGACUGACUGCCCUGGGACUAACCCCCAAAAGCACCGUUGUCAUAUUCUGUGAGACCCGAGCUGAGUGGAUGAUUGUAGCUCUCACCUGCUUCAAGUACAACUUCCCUCUUGUCACUCUCUAUGCCACCCUGGGGGAAGAGGCAGUGACCUAUGGUCUCAACGAGUGUGGAGCAUCAUAUCUGGUCACCAGUGUGGAACUCCUUGAGAGCAAACUUAAGACUGCACUGCCACAAAUCUCCUGUCUGAAACAUAUCAUUUAUGUGGACAACAAGACAGUCAAUAAAUCAGAAUACCCUGACAAUGUGGAGAUCCAUAGUAUGCAGACAGUAGAAGAGCUGGGAGCCAAACCAGAAAACUCGAGCAUUCUGCCAAGCAGACCUGUUCCUACAGACUUGGCUUUAGUAAUGUACACCAGUGGCUCUACUGGGAGACCCAAAGGAGUGAUGAUGAUGCAUAAAAACUUAAUAGCUGGAAUGACAGGACAGUGUGAGAGAAUACCUGGACUGGGACCCAAGGACACUUACAUUGGUUAUUUGCCUCUGGCCCAUGUGUUAGAACUGACAGCAGAAGUUUCCUGCAUCACUUAUGGCUGCAGGAUUGGUUACUCCUCUCCUCUCACUCUCUCGGAUCAGUCAAGUAAAAUUAAGAAGGGAAGCAAAGGAGACUGUACUGUACUUAAGCCUACACUGUUGGCAGCUGUGCCUGAAAUAAUGGACAGAAUUUACAAAAAUGUCAUGAGUAAAGUUCAAGAGAUGAACUAUAUUCAGAGAACUCUGUUCAAGAUAGGCUAUGACUACAAAUUGGAACAGAUCAAGAGGGGAUAUGAUGCACCUCUGUGUAACAUACUAUUGUUUAAAAAAAUAAAGGCUCUGCUGGGAGGGAAUGUCCGAAUGAUGCUUUCUGGAGGAGCACCACUCUCACCUCAAACACAGAGAUUCAUGAACAUCUGCUUCUGCUGUCCUGUUGGGCAAGGCUAUGGACUGACAGAAACGUGUGGAGCUGGAACUGUUACAGAAGUUGCUGAUUACAGCACUGGCAGAGUUGGAGCUCCUCUUAUUUGUUGUGAAAUAAAACUGAGAGACUGGCAAGAAGGAGGCUAUACUAAUAAAGACAAGCCUAAUCCUAGAGGAGAAAUUAUAAUUGGUGGACCCAACAUCUCUAUGGGAUAUUUUAAAAAUGAAGAGAAGACAACAGAAGACUUUACUGUUGAUGAAAAUGGCCAGAGAUGGUUCUGUACAGGAGAUAUUGGGGAAUUUCAUCCAGAUGGGUGUCUGCAGAUCAUAGAUCGUAAGAAGGACUUGGUAAAGCUACAAGCAGGAGAAUAUGUAUCUCUGGGCAAAGUAGAGGCAGCACUGAAGAACUGCCCAUUGAUUGACAAUAUCUGUGCUUAUGCCAAAAGUGACCAGUCCUAUGUGAUCAGUUUUGUGGUUCCUAAUCAGAAGAAGCUGACAGCAUUAGCUGAGCAGAAAGGCAUCAGUGGAAGCUGGGUGGACAUUUGUAACAAUCCUACAAUGGAAGCAGAAAUACUGCGAGAGAUUAAAGAAGUGGCAAACAAGAUGAAAUUAGAAAGGUUUGAAAUACCCAUCAAGGUCCGGCUGAGCCCUGAGCCGUGGACCCCCGAGACUGGGCUGGUGACAGAUGCUUUCAAGCUGAAAAGGAAAGAACUGAAAAACCAUUACCUCAAUGACAUUGAAAGAAUGUAUGGAGGCAAAUAAACAGCUCAGCUGACCUGGCAGCUGUGCAGGUGGCUCCUUCUCAUGCCUCAGUUUUGGAUGUCUGUGUGCACUGUAGAUAUCACACAUUCAAAAAAUACACCAAAUGGACAACUGUUUCUAUAAUUGCUAUCAAGUAAAACAGAAUAUCUUAGACUCCAAAUCCUUAAUUGUUAGCAGAUUAGACAGUGAUGGUCUUCAUAGAGUUUUGUGUGAUCAUCUCCAGUUUUGAGACAGACAUCAUUAUGUGAAGCAGUGUGACCAGGUAAUUUUAUUGUUUCUCUAGCAUAUUCAGACUGCUUACAACUUCUCUUUAACUUAUGCUGAAGUCUGGCCUAUAUUUCAAAAAGGAAAAAAUAAUGUAAUUGUGAUGACUCUUCUGUCAUAAUAAGACACUUGUAAUAAGAUAUUUCCUUCUAGCAAGGAGGGAAAAGGAUUAUCCAGUGUCUAUCCUUCUCCAUUUGAAAACAAAACCAAAACAACAGCAGUAGUCAAGAACUUGCUAGAGAUCACUGAUAAUGCACUGCUUGAAAAUGGAUUCUUCUGCACAUCAAUAUCUUGAAUAUUUACAGUGCCUACAAAAGAAUAGACAGUACACUUACUGAAAUAAAGGUGAACUGAAAAGCUUUCUGAAAACAAGUUAUAAGAAAUUUCACUCAAGAGCAUGGAAUUAACUAUUUCAACUUCCAGCUCACCAAACAGGUUUUUAAUUGCCACUGCAUUUUAAUUCAAGCAGAGCUCUCCCCUGGACACAGAGUGUAAAAGAAAACAAAGAUUUGCACAGCUCUGGGGGUGCUGAUGAGAAAUCAGUGCCUGAAUGCAGAACUUGCAUCUGGACUGGCAGACAGCUGAGAAACUGAUGGGCAGUGGUCUCUAAACUGACUUGAAACUCAGAAGAGUUUUGGUGGGUUUUUCUGAGAGGUGGCUGAUGUUUUCAAGGCAAUGAUUCUCUAGAGCUUCACAUACAUGUGAAUACUGGUUACCUGGGUGUAACUUAGAGGAUCGGGUUUUAGAUGUCUGCAUUCCUUUGUGGAAGGUAUUUCCGUUCACCUUUUAACUGUGGUAAGCAUGAUACGGCAACCAGAAACCAACAGGAGGUUCCCUGUCUAGUCUUGUUUUACUUUCAUAAAAGUAGUUUCUGCCAGGGAAUCUUUGUUUCUUGGAAACUUUUAAAAAGGGACAAAUCACUCCAUGGAAAUUCAUUAUAAAAAUGUUCUCUUAUUAACUGGAAGUCACAGCUGUGAAGGAGGAAGAUGUAAUUUAAUAAUAGUUCAUCAUUUUGUGUGCCGAAUCCUGUACUGUGUCUUCUUUUGAAUUGUAACUGAGCUCCUGCAUCCCUGUCAGCUCUUCACACUUGAACCAUAAGUGCUGUAAAAAGUGCAGGCUCUUGAUACUGUUCUACUUUGCACUUUCUUAAUCAUUUUAUAUAUGUUGCUUACAUUUUGUACAGCUGUGGCCCUCAACUGCUCUAUAUUGCAAAUUCAUUUGAAAGUAUUUAUAGAUUUCUAUUCAUAACAUUUGUGUUGUGUAUAUGAUGGUUAAAAAAACUAUUUGGUAUUGUCAUUGUACAGAAAGUCAAACAUUUUGUACAUUGCUUCUCCUGAACACACGAGCUUGCAAUUUCAAGACAAGUUUUUCUUUUUCUGCAUGUAUAUGUAUUUUUAUUUUCCAGUUAAAAUAGACUUUGGCGAAAAUAAACGAUGCCUCUACACUCCUCAAGUAAAGCAUCCCUUCUCCUGGGGACCAACUCCAAACUUCACUAUGCAUAAUUUUCUCUGGCUAGUGCAGAACACUGCCUGCUGACAUCCAAGAACCCCAAGGCGAAAGAGAGAGAGAAAACCUGGUAUAUAAAGGUGGUGGUAUCCAGGUGUGCAUGGAACUACAAGUGUCACUAAAAGAAACAAGGAAAUAGCUUUUCUAAAAAAAUUUUUUUUAAGAUACAAACAGUUGGUUUUUGACAGCAGGGAGUAUAUCCCAUAGCAGUAGCAACUUUUAAAAUUACUUGGCCCUGGAUCCAUGGAACCAAUUUUUCCAUGUUUUAAAACUGGUCUGUAUUCAGUAGCCUUUAGUCAGCCUUUUAGCAUCACAAAAGUGAAAUACAUAAGAAAGAUACUUACAUUUGAGUCUUUCAGCAGGUUCUAAGACUAUUUUUUUAAAGCCAUGAAUGUAUUUAUAUGAAAUGUAUUUUAUCUUCUGUGUCUUGGUUGACUGAGGAUUGCUAUUUUCAAAAUAUAUGUACACACAUAACACAAUGUUAACAUUUCAAAAGUGGAAUACAACUUCAAUGGUUCAACAA